AUGGCAUGGCUGGUCUUUGCCUUUGCUACGGCUGUCCUGGCAGUAGAAACGACAAAUAGUGCCACGAAUACCUCGCCCAACUGUACACCCUCCAAUUGUGUCGCCAAGUGCAACCCAUCCUGCUCUUCAGAUCAAGUAUGUGUCCUUGGUACCAUGAGUGAAUGUGGUGUUUGUCCUCGAUCAUCAUGUGUUUCAAGAUCACUUCUCGGUGGAGGUGGAGGAAGUAGUGGUGGUGAUGGCUCAUCAUCCUCCUCGGGAUCCGAUUCCUCUUCCGGUGGUAAUGGUAGUAACAGCAACAGUAGCCAUGGCAACAACAAUGAUCAAGGAACAUUGAUUGGCGGUGUGGUGGGUGGAUUACUCGGCGCUGGUUUGGUUGUCUCUGCUGCAGGCUAUGCCGGUUUUCGAUACAGACAAAAGAAACGCAACACGUUACCUUUUGCCUUUCACGGAAAAUCCAUACCUCACAACAACCUGCAAACGGAUAACAGCAGCAUUCGCGAUAUGCAGCAGAUUGCUACUACUACCCCUUCAAGUCCUCCACCCUUACGACAAGAAGUGAUGUCCGGUGUCAUACCUAUUGCCUAUGUGCCCCCUUCACGAGAUAGCGUUCGUACACAGGAUCAACAACCAAGGCCUAUUUCACAGGAUAUGCGCAGCAUUGAGCAACAACAACAGCAAUACGACCAUACUGUACGAUCUUCUACGUUGUAUAGAUUCAAACAACAACAGCAACAGAUCCAUCAACAACUACCACAACAACGAUUAUCCACAUCCAAUGACAAUCCUUUCUCUGAUACAAAUCACAUGGCCGAUGACGACGACGAAGAUGAGGAUCGCGAAUCGGUUGUGCAGCCAACAACAGCAACAUACCAGGUCAUGCGUGCACGGCCUCAGAUCAUGCGUGUCAAUACCGUUCGUGUACAGGAUGGCCUUACUCGCCAAGGAUCCACUCGCACUAUCCUUACCAAAGAAGAUGAAUUGGAUGAUCCAUUCCAUGAUCGUCAUCAUACCACGACAUCAGAAAACAAUCCUACAGAUAGCAUUUUAUCAGGUCCUGGAGAUGGCGAAAUCACUAUCUUUUGGGAUGGAAAACGAAGCUCAUCAUAA